UACAUCCGGACAUCGUGAACUACCUCGUAUUUGGUCUGAGUGCAUACACCAUUACUCAGUUCAAAUGCUACAAAUCCCUAGAUGCUUACGAACAAUUCUGCAGUGGCUGGGUGCAAGAUCUGCUAAGCCACAGGCCUGCAAACUGUGAUUUCACAGUCGUACUUGCAAAGGUAAUGCACUCGCAGCGCCUAAGUGAGGCACCUCUGAAGGCUUGGGUUAUCAUCAGCUCCACUGGUGAAGUUUCCUCAGCCCAUUGUACAUGCAUGGCGGGUGUUGCAGAGACAUGCACUCAUGUUGGGGCCCUGCUUUUCAAAGUGGAAGCAACUGUUAGGUGCAGGGAAAUGAGAACUGUCACUGACAAACCUGCAUAUUGGAUCUUACCAAGUAAUGUAAACAAAGUACAUUCUGAGGUAGGCCACCAGAUUGACUAUACUUCUGCUUCUGCCACACGAAAAUCACUAAACUGUCUUCUUAAUGCUGAGACUGUUAGCAGGCCUGGUUGGAGGACUUGUGCCAGGAAGCUCACUACACCACCACCAACACACUCAGAGUUAUCACAAUUCUAUGCAGAUCUUCAUAAAACUGAUGGCAAAUCUGCUAUACUGAGUGUGCUGCCACAAUAUUGCGAAGAGUUCAAGGAUCCUGUGCAGCCUGUCACAAAUAUUCAAUCCCUUCUCUGUCUACGUGACACUAGUCUUGAUGAAUGCGAUUUCACAAUUGUGGAACAGCACUGCCAGGCGAAAAAAAAACAAGCUUAUGUUUCAGAACAACCGGCUGAACAAAUCGAAAAGACUACACACACACAGCAUAAAUCUUCUUUUUGGUUUGCUGCUCGAGCAGGCAGAAUCACUGCCUCUAAUAUGCAUGCUGUUUAUGCUACUGAUGUCAGGUCACCAGCUCUGUCAACUAUAAAAAAGAUUUGCUAUCCACAGGACAGCAAAUGUAUCACAGCCGAUCUUACCUGGGGUACAACACAUGAAGAGGAUGCAAGGAAGGCCUACAUUCAAAAAAACAAGGGACAACAUGAUAACCAUCACGUGUCAGCAUGUGGGUUUUUCAUAAACCCCACAUUCCCUGAAAUUGGAGCAUCACCUGAUGGCGUAGUGACAUGCACUUGCUGUGGUAAAGGCUGCGUUGAGAUCAAGUGUCCAUCAAAGCACAAAACUAACACCAUCCCGGAGGCAUGUUUGGCCAAAGACUUCUACCUCGAACUUGUAGAUGGAAAAGUACAAUUAAAACAAAGCCACCAAUAUUACACACAAGUCCAAACACAAAUAUUUGUGACAAAUAGUAACUACUGUGAUUUUGUGGUUUGGACACUCAAAGACUGUGUCAUUCUGCGAAUAGAUCCAAACCCAGAGUUUUGGAGGGCACGCCUACAGAAGGCACAACAAUUUUUCAUUGCAGUUUCCCUCCCUGAGAUAAUUGCACAACACUUCACCAAAAAGGUCUCUAGAACAUCUUUGCCUCUAGGAGAAAUCCAACAGAAUAAUGUGAGAAAGACCAGUAACAGGUAAAAAACUGAAUGCAAAGAAACAAAAACAGCUCUGGUGUCUCUGUAAUGGACCUGAAGAGAAAGGAGACAUGGUGGCAUGUGAUAAUGAGAACUGUAGGGUCCAGUGGUUUCAUCUGAGCUGUGUUGGACUUGAGGAGGCCCCUGCAGCAGAUGAUGUCUGGUUUUGCCUGGCUUGCAUCACAAGUAAAUGUGGUUUGUAGUUCAUUCAAAAAAGAAAUUUCUCUCAUCAUUUACGCCACCCUCAUUCCAUCCCCUAUGCACAUGACUUACUUUCUGCAAAAAAAGUGAUGGACUUUACUAAAAAUAUUUUUUUCUUAAAAAUAUGUACAUUGGAGAUGGAAUGAGGGUGAAGUAAAUGAUGAGAGAAAUUUCAUUUUUAGAUCAACUGUAAGUGGUUAUUUUGCACAAUGUUGUGUUACAAACAUUGCACCUGAGUUCAAAGUUAUUACUUUGAUUACAAUUUAUGGC